AUGGCGUACGAAUUAAAUAUUCUUGCUCAUUUACAAGUUGGUGAAAUGUUGUACCAGUGUGAUUCAGCAACCAUUGCUCAUGAUGCCACUACAGUUGUUGACAAGCAUGUUGUUAAAUUUCACCUUAGUUUUUCGCCAUCACAAGCAUGCUACACAAUUCCUAAAGCUAGACUUCCAGGUUUGAAGUUGCCCAAUGCCCAAGUUCACUGUCAGUUCAUGUCCAAAUUGAAAUCGUGCCUUGCGGAUAGAGUUCCCGUCAACAAUCGUGUCCAUCAGAUGCUAAAGGAGAAACUUCAGAUCCACUCAAUCAAUUUAAGUUGCAAUGUUCAUCCAUUAGAAGGAAUUGCAUCUGAUGCCAUGAAACGUUUGGCAGAUUUCGACAAAAUCAUUGAGUUAACAGGAAGAACUGGCAAAGAUAGAAUUGCUGUCUCUUUUCUAUACAACCUGUCCAAACUGAAAAGGAUGCAAGUUUUCAUAGAAGAUGUAUGCGAUAGAUCGGCAGCCGAGCAUGUUGCAUAUCCUGCCUCGCGAUAG